AUGGUCCGUCCAAGCAAGCAACAAAAGCUUGGACAGCUUUGGUGGGGAGCUCGCCGAGGCUUGCACACGCGGCGCAUGCUGCCAUCUAGAGCCACUGCUCUGCAUCUUGGCUCGCGAUAUGGCCCUCCGCUUUUCGUCGCCGCCUUGACCGCCGGUUUUGCGUCCUCUUCCUCGUCGCCAUGCGCAUUCCUUCGUCCAACCCUGCUCGACGCGCCGCAAGCUUCUUGGUCCUUCCUCGGGCGCCGUGAAGCCUCAACUAACGCGAAGGAAACACCCAACGACAACGAUGGCGCGGAAUCUAGCGAGCGUGGCAGUGGUGAACAGGAUCCUCCACCGCAGACCCGCGUUGUCAGACCAGGGGAAGGGGAAGGCAAUAACGUUGGCGAAGACAAGCUAUCGGCAUGGCAGGCUAUUACGAGGAAGAUGUCUGAGGCGCCAAAGUCGAUGAGCUCGCUGGGUGACGCGAUUGUGGACUACGUGGUGCCCGACUGGGCCAAAGUGCUGCCAGGCUUUGUGAAGAAGCUGCAAAAUGAGCUGUCUAUGGCACCUGGCUCUCUCGCAGAAGAGAUUUGGUACCAGGCAAACGACCCCGAAAUCCACCCCGAGAUCAUCUGGGAUGCGUCCGUUCGCGUUUCGACCGAGCUAUGCGCAGAAGAGAAGAGGUUCUUGGAAAAACGAGGGCAAUUCACAAAGAAGGCUCUAGCGCGCUACCUAAACAUUCCGGAAGACAAGAUACAUCCUGAUGAUGUUCCCAUCAUCGCUGUGUGCGGCUCCGGUGGCGGCCUUCGUGCACUCGUGGCAGGAACAGCUUCCUACCUCUCGGCGCACGAGGAAGGGCUCUUCGACUGCGUCACGUACACUGCCGGAGUGAGUGGGAGCUGCUGGCUGCAGACACUUUACUACUCGAACAUCUCCCAAAGAAGCCACGCACGAUUGAUCCGCCAUCUCAAGAACCGACUCGGGGUACACAUUGCUUAUCCUCCAGACGCGCUCGAUCUUGUUGCGAGUGCGCCCACGAACAAGUAUCUACUCGGUGGGCUUGUCGAGAAAGCAAAAGGCACACCGACUGCCGAGUUUGGCAUCGUCGAUAUCUAUGGCGUGCUGUUAGCUGCAAGAUUGCUUGUGCCAAAGGGUGAAUUGUCGGUGGACGAAUACGACUUCAAGCUCUCCUACCAGCGCAGAUACACAGAUGAUGGUUCUCAACCACUCCCGAUCUAUACAGCCGUUCGACACGAAAUACCCCUAGCCGAACAGCAAGAUACCAAGGACCCAAUAGCUGCUGAAGCAAAGGCGCGAAGGGAAGCUUGGUUCCAGUGGUUUGAAUUCACACCCUACGAGUUUUGGUGCGAAGAACUUGAAGCUGGCAUUCCCACUUGGGCGGUCGGUCGCAAAUUCGAAAAUGGACGAACAGUGUGGCGAGACAACGGUCUUGCUCUGCCUGAAGUUCGCAUACCAAUGCUAAUGGGCGUAUGGGGCAGUGCUUUCUGCGCAACGCUGUCACACUAUUACAAGGAAAUCCGGCCAGCGUUGAUGGGAAUUGCCGGGUUUACCGGUCUAGACGCAAUGAUCGCAGAAAGAGACAGAGACCUCGUUAAAGUCCACCCUAUUGAUCCGGCAGCAAUUCCCAACUUUGCCCUAGGGAUGCGAGAUUAUCUGCCUCCGUCUUGCCCCGAAAGCAUACAUCAUAUUGACAACUUCCAGCUCAUGGAUGCUGGUAUGAGCAACAACCUGCCGAUAUAUCCCUUACUACGGCCUGGUAGAGACGUGGACGUUUUGAUAGCGUUCGAUGCGAGCUCAGAUGUUCGUACGGACAAUUGGUUGAAAGUGACUGAAGGCUACGCAAAACAACGCGGCAUCAAGGGCUGGCCUGUUGGGGCAGGUUGGCCUCCAGGAGACGAGACGGCGGAAGAAAUGCAGAAGGAUCUCGACAGUGCACAAGCUCGUACGGAAGAGCAGGCGCAAGAGAAGAUACAAGAAGCGAAAGAACAUGACAAACCCAAGCGAACAGGAGGGAGAAGCAAAGACUUGAGCUUUUGCAAUGUCUGGGUUGGCACGACGGAAGAGCGCACCACAGAUAGGGAAGCACCCAGCGUCAAGCAAGCCGAAGAAUACUGGGAGGUCACAAGACCUGACGCUGGCAUCACGGUCGUCUACUUCCCGUUUUUGAAGAACCCCGAAGUUCCUGGGAUUGACCCAAAAACAUCCGACUUCAUGAGCACGUGGAAUUUCAUAUACACGCCUGAGCAGGUCGAUUCUGUAGUGGACCUAGCCAGAGCAAACUUCCAAGCGGGAGCGGAGCGAACGAAGAGGACAGUGCGUGCAGUAUAUGAGCGCAAGAAAAAGAUGCGGGAAGAGAGGGAGGCGGAGGAGCGCGAGAGGCGGAGGAGGUGGAAGUUGAGAGAGGGCCGGGCUGGUGGUAGAAGACAUGGUGAAAGCGACCACGGAGAUCAGUUUAGUUGA